UACUUUUGUAAACAACUCGAAGGCUAAGAAUGCCGGCCUGACGUACACGUCUCCCUUAUUUGUGCCUAAACUAACUUAUGAUUUUAGAUCUUUUUGGAUUAACGAACUGUAAGGUUGAGAGCAACCACGAUUUACUUAAGAAGUCGGAUGUUAAAAACGAAAGAUGAACGUGGUUGUCAUGGCAACGGAGAAGCUGUUGGGUGUAUUGGGGAUCGACGUCAGAACUGAUCCGCUGAAACCGGGCCUUGAGAUGAUUGUGUCAUUAUGCAUCAAUCUGAUACUGUCAGUGGUGGGGCUGGGUGCUGUCAUCAGAACUAUCCCUGCUGUUGCUACCAUGUUUAUAAAUGCUGGAUUGUUUGGAAAAGAUUUGUGCAAGAAAGAUCGAGAGAAGAAAGUGCCUGAGUCAAUGGGCAUGGUUAGUGGCCUAGUCUUCCUCAUCAUCAUGUUUCUGUUCCUGGGAGUACCAUUUGGUCAGCAUUUUAUGAACCCAGAGACACCUUUUCCCCAUACAACAUUUACAGAGUACUUGACUUCACUGCUCUCUAUAUGCUGUAUGCUGUUUCUCGGCUUUGCAGAUGAUGUCCUGAACUUGAAGUGGAGAUUCAAAUUAGUGCUUCCUACUUUAGCCUCACUUCCGCUGUUAAUGGUUUAUUACAUCAAUCUUGGUUCAACAACAGUUGUUGUUCCAAAGCCGUUGCGAACUUGGAUUGGAUUAACAUUGAACAUUGGCCCUCUGUACUAUGUGUACAUGUCCAUGCUUGCAGUGUUCUGUACAAAUGCCAUCAACAUUUAUGCUGGCAUAAAUGGGCUGGAGUGUGGCCAGGCAGUAGUGAUUGCUGGGUCUGUGAUAGUGUUCAAUAUUGUGGAGUUGGGAGGGUACCAGGCCAAGUUUCAUUAUUUCUCGCUUUGCCUCAUCAUUCCAUUCACAGCAUCAGCACUAGGCUUGUUUUAUCAUAAUCGAUAUCCAGCUCGGGCAUUUGUAGGUGACACAUUUACAUACUUUGCUGGAAUGACCUUUGCCGUUGUGUCCAUAAUUGGUCACUUCAGUAAGACAGUGUUGCUGUUCUUCCUGCCACAGAUAUUCAAUUUUCUCUAUUCAGUACCACAGCUGUUCCACCUUGUGCCCUGCCCAAGGCAUCGUCUCCCAAAAUAUGUCCCACAAAAAGAUAAACUAGAACCAAGUGUUGCAGAGUUCAAGGCAAGUCAGAUUUUAAAGCCACUACUUCUUGCACUGAGGUUCCUAAACAAGCUGGGUUUGGUGAGACUUGAAGAGGGCCUUGGGGAAGACAAGGAAAUGUGUCGAAUCAACAACCUUACACUAGUCAACUUGGUCCUGCUGAAACUGGGCCCUCAACAUGAAGCUAGUCUUACAAUGAAACUUCUUGUUCUGCAGGUGCUGAGCUCAGGGCUAGCUUUUUUCAUUAGAUAUCCAUUUGCAGAUUUAUUUUUCUGAGUUGUUUGUUAAUGAUAUACAAAUGGAUUCUCAGAUUUUUUUCAUUCUCAUGAAUAUUUAUCAGUGACAUGCCAGGAAUUUGUUGUAUCAUGUAUGUGCAUUAGACUUAUGCAUUUGUUUAAUUAUUGGUGUGGAAGCAUUAAUGUGUGUGUAGAAUGAGAUGAACAUUAUGUAUAUAUGAAUGAUACUUUCUUUAUAGUACAUAGUUUCAGUUACAGAAUCUUUUGGUCACGUAUUCUAUGUAAUGCAAAUAGCGUUUAGUAAAUGUUAAAACAACUUGUCACCAUUCAAAAGAUAUUUUUGAUUUGCAUUUGUUUUGUAGAUAUAUGGUAAAUGUAUCUAAUAUUUGGAAAUGAGCAUACAUUUUGAGUGUGAAAAUAUAUUUAAAAAUGGUAGAUGUUAUCUACCAAUAGUUUUACUAAAUACAGUUUAUGUGUGCUUUUUUCACAAAGUUUUGAAUAUUGUGAGUAACAGCAGGAUUUUUGUGAAGAUAAAGUAAAAGUAAGGUAUCCGAUUUCUCAUAGUUUGUUAAUUUGUUGAGUUAAAUUAUUUUGGGAGUGGACAGUAUUUUGAAAAGAUUUUUUUAUUUUGCUCAUAUCAUCCUCUGAAAUGAAGACCGUAAGAGUGUCAUUCAUAAUUUCCAUAUUUUUAUAAGUAUGAAAUAUUGAAUACAAUUUAAUUUGUAAUCAUGUUGAGUUUCUGAAUGUGUGUUAUCAAUAGAAAUGAAAGUUUAGCAUGGUAAAUUGGGUAUUUCAAUACUUAAUUAACUAUGAAAGUGUUGCAUGUGUGAAAUGCAGCAUUUUGCUUCUUAGUGGCAGUAAAGUUCUUCAAAUAAUUACUUUCCACAUAGAAAAGUAGUCAGAUUAUGAUAAAUAAUGUUACAUAAAUUUUCAUGUAUGUAUAUUUUGUUGGUAUACUUGUUUUUUUAUUAUACUGAAAGAAAAUGGUUGAUAGUAAUAAAGUAUUUAUUUAAA